CUUCUCCAGGUGCGUCUUAUUUAAGCUGGACUGCACACUGCUUACAUUACCAUUCACUCUCAACCCAGCUUCGAAAACCCCCAGAAUCUUGUGAUAUUCAACCAGUCUUCUGACAGAAAACCAGAGAUGCGAUUUGUGUUGGUGGCGUGUGUGGUGGCGAGUGUAGUGGUUGGUAGCACGGCUCAGAGACCCAGGAUCAAGAUACCAUCCAGGAUAGAGAUGCAGGUGGCAUUACAGAACCCAGUCACCGUUGACAAAGCCCUUCGCUGUAUCGAGGGUCUACCCUGCGAGCUGCCUGACUCCUACGCCCCCCUUCUGCGCCACUUAGGGCCAGAAUUGAUCCUGCGCCGUGAGUGUCCCAGAAGGCUGUGUACUCCAGCACAAGCCAAGGAGGCUAAGUGGCUCAUGGCCCAGAUCCAGAGGAGAUACCCCAGGAAGUUCAACAAAACCAUCAAUACUCUGCUCGCGAGAAACCCGCAUGGUUUUGCUGGAUAAAGUGACAUAAUCAGUUACACUGUUAUUAUGUAAGAUAAUAUCAUACAAUAAGAGAAGUAUUCACCAGGCGCCACACGAGGAAUGGGAGAUUAUCACUUCCAUAAUAUCCAGCAGAAAUAAUCUAAUAGGUGACAACAUCUACAUUGAGAUCUCACAAAAUACAAUCUACUGUACUCAGCUUAUCUAACCUUUCCGCAGUCAGUGUGUGUAAAGUUGUGGUGACGUCGAUACAUGCUGUUUGUUGUGCCUAAACUGACCACCACCACCACCACUACCUUGACGUACAUUUUGAAGUUUCCUGUUUCUGUAAGACGCACACAAAGAUGAUUUAUUAUACCUGAUUUUUCUGGUGCCAAGUUUGUAGAAAGUUUAAGAUAUCUGGAUUUUGCUCAAAACGGAAAAAUAAAUUAAUAUCGAAAGGAUAAUUUUUAAGGCUUUAUACAUUUUUGUUAUUGUACUGUUGUAUUGUUGAAGCUGUGUUUUACCGUGUAUGGUAACAACUGUAUACAAGACUGAAGCAAUAUUUAAACUUUGUAAGUGAUGUAAUAUUUAUCCAAAGAAAAAUAUUAAUUCGGUAAAAAAAAUGCUUUGAAUGUUGACAAUAAAAAAAAAAAUAUA